CCGCGCGAAAUCGCGGCCAUCGACGCUAUCGUCGCACAACCUUAUCACCCCGAUUUGCACGAGAUCGCAACCCGAUUCAAUACUACUUACGAAACCAUAUGAUAUCGGAGAUAUCAGAUACGGGUUCGGAAAGCUCUUGGCUGGGAUCCCCGGAAAAAACCAGGCCAUUGAUUAAUAAUUAUACCAGAAAUAGAAGAAGCGGUAAUAGAGCAUGUUCUGAGAUAUAUUGACGUUUACCAGGAGGAAAUUAUCGACUUUCUUAAUGAGGAAUUCGGUAUUAAACCUUACCAAACGAUGAUCUCGCAUCUUUUGAAGAGAUUAGAGAUUAUAUAUAAGAAAAUCAAGGCGGUAGUAGCGGAGCAAAACCAGGAGCUUCUUAAGCAGUGGUAUGACAAUUCUCGAUUUUGGAGAGCAGAUCAGAUCAUUACUAUAGACGAAUUAGCUUUUAAUAAGUAUACGGGGCAUAGGAAAUAUGGAUGGGCAUCUCAGGGCUUACCUACGGAGAUAAAGAUACUCUUAAAGCGAUCUCCUAAGUAGUCCCUUUUACCGGUAUAUAUGAUUAAUAGGUACCUUGAUCCUUUAGUUUAUUAAGGCAAUAUUAUAGCCGAGAUUUUUAAAGAUUAGAUAGAAAAUAGGGUAUUCCCAUAGUAUAAUCCAUGGCUAGGCAAAAAUUCGAUUAUUAUAAUAGAUAACUAUAGUAUAUACCGGAGUCAGAGGGUACUUAAUAUAUGCCGGAUACAGGGUAUUUGGAUACGCU